UGUGAUAAUCUGCCAUUAAAAAGAAGAAGAAGACAUGGUGCACACACACAAAACGUUCUUAUAUGCGUCUUAAAUUUUCUAUUUUAGUUUAUAGGUUUCUGCCUUUUUUAAGAUAAAACCAUGAAUAAUCUCAUGAAUGGUGUUUGUCUUUGUCACGGCGUGUUUCUCAGAGUAACAGCUCGGGUUGUUUUACCUCACAGAAGCAUCACUACCCUUAACCUCAACUUUACCUCAGGAAAGGAAGUUUAUUCUCCAGAAAACACUCAACCUGUGAGAAAUAUUAGGAGGGUAAGAAACAUGUCCAGCCGUCCUGGAGGUGCCAUGAACGUGUUUAACAGGAAUAUGAAGAGAAAGCAGAAGAAAUGGGCAGCGACUUUACCGGACAGCCAUAAAUAUGACUACCUGCGAGACGAGGUUGGGAGCAGAAUAGCAGACAGAAUUUAUGACAUUGCCAGGACCUUCCCGUUAGCACUAGACAUGGGUUGUGGAAAAAGCCACAUUGCCGAACAUCUGAGCAAGGACAUUGUGGAGCGCCUUUUCCUUACAGACAUCUCAGACGCUUCGCUGAGGCAGAAGAGGCAGAGUGAGAUGCCUACACACUGUGUGAUGGCUGAUGAGGAGUUCUUGCCGUUUCAGGAGAACACGUUUGAUCUGGUGGUCAGCAGUCUGAGCUUGCACUGGAUCAAUGAUCUUCCAGGAGCUUUGCAGCAGAUCCAUCGUGUGCUGAAGCCAGACGGUGUGUUUGUCGGCGCCAUGGUUGGAGGCGAGACUCUGUAUGAGUUGCGCUGUUCUCUGCAGCUAGCUGAGCUGGAGAGGGAGGGAGGGUUUGCGCCACACAUUUCCCCCUACACAGCCGUCACCGACCUGGGCAACCUGCUGGGACAAGCUGGCUUCAACAUGCUCACUGUGGACGUCGAUGAGAUUCAGGUUCAUUACCCGGGCAUGUUUGAAGUCAUGUGCGAUUUACAAGGAAUGGGCGAGAGUAACUGUGCGUGGAACAGGAAGGCGCUGUUGCACAGAGACACCAUUCUAGCCGCUGCUGCUAUUUAUAAAGAGAUGUACGGUUAUGAAGAUGGAUCCGUCCCAGCCACAUUUGAUAUCCUGUUUAUGAUUGGCUGGAAGCCUCAUGAGUCACAGGCAAAACCAGCAAAAAGAGGCUCGGCGACUGUGUCCUUCGCCGAUUUGUCAAAAAUCAGUCAAAUAAAACAGACGAGCAACAAAACAGACAAAUCAAGUACUAGCUGACCCAACCCACCUCAUCAAUAUUAAUAUAGAAACAGUAAUGUUUCAUGAAAUAUUAUAUAGACACGAGUGUUUUACUGGGAAAUACACCACUCGUGUUUUUCAUACGAGCUCCAUCUGGGACAUGGAGAACCAAAACCCUGACAAAACUCCAUCUGUGACUCGUGAAGAAAUUGAUGAGGGAGUUGUUUUGAUAAAUUUGGGGACUUUGUUUGUGAAUGUGUCGAUAUAAUAAAAAGAAAAAUCACA